UGUGUGUGUGUGUGUAUUUUCUCCUUAGGGCUAUUUAUCUCAUCUUCAGCCGGUGGUAGUUUUAUGGACUGAAAUGUACUGGUCUCCUUAAUGUGUGUGUUGAGAAAGAAAAUCCACAGUCUAGAGGAAUCCUAAAUUAGUUGAAAUUUACAAGAUUAGGAAUUUGUCCCCACCCCACCCUGGGGCCACUGAGGUAUCUACAUUCCCUCCUGACCUGCUCUUGUGGGUGCUGAGGGCCUGUCAUCCACCCUGGGGAACAAUGAGGGUAAAUCUGCCCUCCUGCCCCCAGAUCCCUCUGGCAGUUUCACCCUACUCUCUUUACUGCUGGACUGACUGACACGGAGCUGCUGGCUGCUGCGAACAGGAAAUUUAUUGAGGAACUAUAAAUCUGGAUGGAAUGAAUUCAAAUCAGAGCAAGACAAUGCUCUUCAGCCAGAAGAUCCCCAGAAAUGCCUGCUUUCUCCACUCCUCCUUCCGUAUAAAAGGGAUUACAUCAGGAGGGUGAAAAUGAAAGCAGGCUGUAGCAUCGUGGAAAAGCCAGAAGGAGGUGGAGGGUAUCAGUUUCCAGACUGGGCCUACAAAACAGAGUCAUCCCCAGGCUCCCGGCAGAUCCAGCUGUGGCACUUCAUCUUAGAGCUGCUGCAGAAGGAAGAGUUUCGCCAUGUCAUUGCCUGGCAACAGGGAGAAUAUGGAGAAUUUGUCAUUAAGGAUCCAGAUGAGGUGGCCCGACUCUGGGGCCGCAGGAAAUGCAAACCACAGAUGAAUUAUGACAAGCUGAGCCGGGCCCUCAGAUACUAUUACAACAAGAGGAUUCUUCAUAAAACAAAAGGGAAAAGAUUUACUUAUAAAUUUAACUUCAAUAAGCUGGUGAUGCCCAACUACCCGUUCAUCAACAUUCGGUCAAGUGGUGUGGUUCCUCAAAGUGCACCACCAGUGCCAACAGCCUCUUCACGGUUCCAUUUCCCACCUCUGGAUGCCCAUUCUCCACCUGGUGAUGUACAGUCUGGGCGGUUCUCUGCUAGCUCCCUAACUGCCUCUGGCCAGGAGUCAAAUAAUGGCACUGAUAGAAAGGUGGAGCUUUCAGAGCUAGAAGAUGGCUCAGCUGCUGACUGGCGCCGGGGCGUGGAUCUCAUGGCCUCCAGGAAUGCUGUUGGUGGAGGAGGGAUUGGCCAUCAGAAACGCAAGCCUGACAUAAUGCUUCCUCUGUUCACUAGGCCAGGGAUGUACCCUGACCCCCACAGUCCUUUUGCUGUCUCUCCAAUUCCUAGCCGUGGAGGUGUCCUUAGUGUCCCCAUCUCACCGGCCCUCUCCCUGACUCCCACCAUCUUCUCCUAUAGCCCUUCACCAGGCCUCAGCCCCUUCAACAGCAGUUGCUUCUCCUUCAGCCCAGAGGAAAUGAAACACUACCUUCAUUCUCAAGCCUGUUCUGUGUUCAAUUAUCAUCUGAGUCCUCGGACUUUUCCCCGCUACCCAGGGCUCAUGGUUCCACCACUGCAAUGCCAAAUGCAUCCUGAGGAGUCUACUCAGUUUUCUAUCAAGCUGCAGCCCCCACCCAUUGGACGAAAGAACCGAGAGAGAGCAGAGAGCACAGAGGAGUCUGCACCUGUCACUGUGCCCACCGUGGCUCCCAUUCCUCCUCGAAUUAAGGUGGAGCCCACCUCUGAGAAGGAUACAGAGGGCCUCGGGCCGUCAGCCCGGGAGAAGGAAGAGCACUCUCAAGAUGAGGGCACUGUGCCAAGCAGGACUAUAGAAGAGGAGAAAGGUACCAUCUUUGCCCGCCCUACUGCCCCACCAGCCUGGCCCUCUGUACCCAUUAGUAACCCCAGUGAGGAACCUCCAGAGGUAACUGAAGACAGUGAGGAUAGAUCAGGCAAAGAACCUAGUGCACCUGAGAAGAAAGAAGAUGCCCUAAUGCCCCCCAAGCUUCGAUUGAAGCGGCGCUGGAAUGAUGACCCUGAAGCCCGUGAGCUGAAUAAGACCGGCAAGUUCUUCUGGAGUGGGGCAGGACCUCGGGGCCUAGCAGCAGCUGCCGCUGAUGCUUAGAACUGCAAGUGAGAUAGGCGCUGUUUAUAUUAUAAUCAAAUACAUACAUGUAUUUAUGUAGCAAGAUUUGGAGGGAGGGGGGAGGGUGUUAGACUGGUUUGAUCAUUCUGGGGCAUAGUCUUGUACUUUUCUGUUGGGGAUGGGAUGGGAAUCUUCUGUUGUAAAUUAAGUUGGAUGUGAACACACUUUUUUUUUCCUGGGAAGUAGGACACAGAGUAUUGAAUUGAAAGGGGAAGGAGCCUGUUUCCCAUUUGAGGCUUGCACUUCCUGACAAGGAAAUAUCUAAAGGGCCCAGGUACUUUCUGGUCCCAUAACAGUUCAGGUUCUAGACCUCUUUGUUUUCUAUAUAUACAUGGAAAGCCAUUAAUGAGUUUCUUUUGUUCUGAGAGAGAUACAUAAAAGGGAAAACAUUGUAGCUGGGAGAAGUUCAACAGUAAGUAUUUUUACCUGAAAAUACUCUUUUAAUUAUUUCAGGGGAAGAAUAAUAGACUGUCGGUCUUAACUUGGGCAGAGGAUGUUCAGGUGUCUCUUCUUUUGUUGUUGUUUGGCAUUUUUCAUUUCCUUUUUUUAAAAUGUUUUCAGGACACGUGAGCAUACUGCCAGUUAGGGUAGACUGGGAGGGUGCUGGAGGCCCCUCUCCGCUGCAGGGGGAAGGCGGGAAGUAAGCCUGCCACCCGCUCCUUGGACUUUUCACCCACUUCACCUACUAAGAAGCCAUGAAGACUUGUAAACUCUUGUUCAGGGAAGAAAGAAGAGGGCAGGAGGAAGCAACCCAAUGCCUUUAAAAACAAAAAAUGAAAAAAUGGUCAUUUUUCUUUUUCCAUUGUGGGUUUGGGAAGCCAAACCAAAGUGUGAACAAGUUCAUGGAGAAGCCUGACAUAUGUCUUUACAUUGUGUCUGAUUCUCUUAUUUUCUUAAGUCGAGCCUUAACUAUGAACACACUUUAAAGUGAUACGGGUCUGUCAACUUAAACCUGUAAAGGAUGUGGCCACUGUUGAGAUAAUCAAGGAAUAUUCAAACAUGGUUAAAUUCCUUACUGGUAGUCAUUUCCUCUUAAUGUUGGAAUGGUAGCAAAAGGUAAAUUGUGAAGCUGAGGACAGAUGCCUGGUAACACAGAAGGUAGCCGCAGGAACAAGUGGAAGUUUGUUGAAACUGUAGGAAUGGGUAGAAAGAAGACAGGCAGUUAGAUGCUGAGAGGUCUGGUGUGAGGGAAGUCGGUGUCUGUGCUCUUCUGGUGUUGCCAUUCAUGCCAUCCCCCUUUACCCAGCUAGUUCUGAGUCUCCUGGUCAGUUAAAUAUCCUGAGUCAGACCACUAUACAGAAAAGUGAGGAAUUAUUUCUUUCUGGGAAAUUCCCUCCCAGCAAGUUCAAGAGAAUGGGAAGAUAUUUGGUCUAAUAUGAAGCAAAACACUAGGUAGGACUGGGGGCAGAGAGGCAGCAGCCAGCCUUUGUAUGUGCAUGUGUACCUCUAGUGUAGUAAAACACCUAGCUGGCUGUGGCCCAGAUCCACCUUAACAGGGCAGCAGGGAAGAAAGGGGUGGCAUGGGAGUGGCUUCCAGGAAUUGAAGAGACUCCUGACUCCUUUGGCCUAAGAAAACUGUAUACUAAGUAACAUUUGACAGUGGUAUUUUACUGGAGUCCAUCAUGCUUUUUCAUGACAAGUGUCCUCACUUAAUCCAAAUUCCAUGAGUGAUUUGUCUUUCCCCCAGGAAAGGGACUGAGAAUGGUCCCUAAUGACUCAGGCUUUGGUCAUGCUGCCUUUGUGGUUGUGUUUCCUUCUCUGCACCUCAACUUACCUCUGAAUCAGAAAGCAAACCCAGCAGGUAGAAGAAAGCUCUCUGCUAGGUAUUGCCCAGUCUAACCAGGGAGGCCAGCUGGACACCCAUUGUCCACUAGAGGGGAGGGCCAGCAGGUGUCUGUAUGAACUCAGGAAUAGAAACAUGGGGCCUUUAAAAUAAGAGGGAGAAAAAUCCAUGUUACAUACCUGUAACCCCCUAGAACCCAAGUGCCAGAAUUAAUUCCUAGAUGCUGCUUCUGAAGAAAAAGUCACUGCUUUUACACUUGAAAACACACUCAAAAUAUGUUCAACUCCAUGAAAAACUUUUUUUUUUUUUUUUUUUUGGAUUUAAGAAAUUGUUUGCUGUUUAACUGUUUCCUUUGAUUGCCAUUCCACCAGUGUUUGUUGAUUUGCACUGCACACUGGGGGUGGGGGUGGAGCUUCUUAAACAGCUGAACCAUGGGCUUGCUCAGGAAGUGGACUGGGGAAUGUGCAGGUCGUUGAUAUUUCCUCUGGCAAAAGAGUCUUUUAUCUCCCCAGCCCACUCCUGGCAGCACCUGUCACUAACCUGGUACAAGGCAGAUUUUUCCCUUCCAUGAGCAUCUCAUCACUGCCCGACAGCAGAUGGAAAAAGGGGGGACAAAAGCCAGACCUACUUCCCUCUCCCUCCAUUUUUCCAGUUUUGCUGUGCCAAAUGUUUAGGAGUUUGCAAAUAUAAAUUAUUGAAAUUUCAUUAAUCAAGAACUUGUUCAUGUAAAAAGUUUGCUUUUUUAGCUAUAGGAAGGAAACAGUAGAGAUCUCUUAAGGGCAUCCAGCCUUGCUGAGCUCACCUUUUUUCCUGAAGGGUUAGGAGUAAAAUGUCAACAUCCCAAGUCCCUUCACCCCAGUUUUUAAGCUGUACUACAUUAAACCCAGCUCACUAAUACAGGGAAUUACCACACCCUAAUGAUCCAUGGGCCAAGAAACUUCCAAAAGCAUUAAAAAAGAUGGUUGAAGUAUAUCACUUCUCACCAAGUGAGUAGUCAGUUGGCUGUCCCUUGUUUUUUUAAUUUAUUCUGUAAUUAUGUUUGUGCUUUUUGUUUUUAUAAACAGUAAUGGAUCAUAUAUUUUUAUGUGGUUUAAAAGAAAACUUUGAUUCAGUCUUUGAAGAAUUGUUCCAUUUUUAGUUUCUUCUUGAGGAAAAAAGUUAUCAGUUAAUUUGUUCUGAAAUAGUUAGGCAUUCUUUGAGUUAUAAAAUUGUGAUGCAGGGAUUUGUGAAUAAGACAUUCAUGUGUGAAAGGUAACCACUAGUUACCCACAUAAGCAGAAUAAAGUGUGUAUAUGUACAUAAAAUGUAAGUAAUUUUAACUCCAUUGUGCAGUGCCUUUUAGAUGUUCCGCUUUCUAUACAGUCUCCAAAUUUUUGCAUAUAUAUUAUAUAUAUGAUGUAAUGUUAUAGAAAUAUAUGUAUAAUAUACAUAUUUUUUUCCAGGGGUAUCUGAUAGCUCUGUAUUUUGUUAUGGAAGUUGAAAGAAAAAAAAGUAUUUUACCUCAGAAAUUAAAGUUAAAUAAAAAGUACUUUUAAGUAA